UGACAAAAAGUUUUCCAAUUUGUAAACAUAUAAUGUUGCAUUUUUAUAGCAACUUUUAAAAAUAUACAGGAAAAUUGCAUGGAUCAACAAGCCAAUUACUUCAAAACGGAAACUAAUAAAAACAUAGAAAGGAAAAAGAAGAAAUAUCUGAUCAGCCCCAUAAGAAACUAAACUUGAAACAUGAAUUAAAGACCAGAUGACUUCAACUACUAGUUCAAUCUAAAUGAACAAAUCUGUGCCUUGCUAAAGUGGAAAGUGAGUGUAAGUCUUAUCAUCUUGUAAACACUAUCCUCGCCAUCUCCAUGCUGGUUGGCUGACGUGUCUGUCUGUUCCGAUACCAGCUGUUUUGUUUUUGUUUUUUGAUUAGCACAGGUGCGAGCGCGCGUUAGUCUUAUAAACAUGGAAGCCCGUCGCCGUGGUCGCAGCUCCGAAGAUGAUGGCCGGCAUUUAAUGGAUUUGAAAUCCACUCACGAGUCCUCUCACGAAAAGCCAGACCUUCGUGGCGAUCGCUGCAACAUCGCCAUACUAUUGUUCUUGUACAUACUGCAGGGUAUACCAAUCGGCCUGAUUGCCGCCAUUCCAAUGUUGCUACAAAAUCGUGGAGCCAGCUACAAACAGCAGGCGGAAUUCUCAUUCGCCUACUGGCCGUUUAGUAUUAAGCUUCUGUGGGCUCCCAUUGUAGACUCCCUAUAUGUACGUCGAUUUGGACGCCGGAAGUCAUGGCUGGUUCCUGUACAGUAUUUGCUCGGUGCCUUCAUGCUUCUGUUAUCGCAGCAUGUCGAUCGCUGGCUGGGUGGCAAUGGCCUAGAGCCGAACGUGCCGCUCUUGACGCUUCUCUUCUUUAUGCUGAACUUCCUGGCCGCCACGCAGGACAUUGCCGUCGACGGAUGGGCACUUACCAUGCUCAAGCGUUGUAACGUCGGGUACGCGUCCACAUGCAACAGUGUGGGUCAGACGGCCGGUUAUUUCCUUGGAUAUGUAGUAUUCAUUGCACUUGAAUCGAAGGAUUUUUGCAACACAUACCUAAGGAGUGAGCAUGGCGCAGAAGGCAUGGUAACGUUGCCGCGUUUUUUGUGGUUUUGGGGCAUCGUUUUUGUGGUGGCCACUACCCUUGUGGCCAUUUUUAAGCGGGAAAAUGAUAUUGCCGACGAACACAUGGAGGCGCGGUAUACGGAGGAGCAUAAUCUGAAUAUUAAACAAAGCUACAAGAUUCUGUGGGACAUGGUUCGCAUGCGUCCCGUUCAAAUACUGGCGGCCAUUUUGCUCACUGUAAAGGUCUCAUUUGCUGCUUCCGAUGCUGUCACCUCACUUAAACUAAUCGAUGCAGGCGUGCCGAAGGAGAAACUGGCGUUACUUGCUAUUCCGGUGAUUCCGCUGCAGCUUGUUCUGCCAUUGGCUGUGGGCCGUUACACAAAUGGGCCCCGGCCCAUGAUAGUUUAUUUAAAGGCAAUACCAUAUAGAAUUGUGCUCGCCGCCGUGGCAUCAAUCAUCGCAUAUGCCACGCCCUACCUGAUUUCCGGGGGCACUGUGCCCGUCUCCUACUACGUGCUGUUAAUCGUUAGCUAUGGUUUCUAUCAGGUGUUCCUCUACGCUAUGUUUGUGGCAGCGAUGGCGUUCUUUGCAAAAAUAUCCGAUCCGGCUGUUGGUGGCACUUAUAUGACAUUCUUAAAUACAUUGUGCAAUCUGGGCGGCAAUUGGCCAAACACAGUGAUCCUCUGGUUGGUGGAUGUGCUCACAUGGCGGCAGUGCGUCUCAAUCGGCAACGAACAUGCGAAAGCUAUUGCGGACAAUCUUUGCUCGAAUAAGGAAGAGCAGCAGGAAUGUGCCACUGCUGGUGGCAAAUGUGAGAUUACCUUUGAUGGUUACUACAUGGAAGCGGUGGGUUGUGUCGUAUACGGCAUUAUCUGGCUAAUGGUGGUGCGUAAAUGGAUCCUCUAUCUGCAAAAUUUGCCACCACGAUCGUGGCUGGUCGUUAAGUCGAAACGUCAUCACAGGUAGCAACUAAUGGUCUGACACUAGGCUGUGUUGUUAGUUUAGUCGCUUGCUGAAAUGUGUUAGAAGAAUGACAUCGUGUGUACAAGAAGCUCUUAGUAGGACUAUUCGCAUUCUAUUUCUAGGCUAGAAAUAACCAAUCCAUAAACAAUUUAUACAAUUUUGUAGCUAAUGCAUUUCGCUCUCUUAGUGAUUGUAAAUUAUUCCACGGGAAAUAAAAUCAAAAAAUUCUUAUUGAA